ACAUUUUUAAGUGAAAUAUGCUAGUGUACACAUAAAACACUUUUCUUUGAACCGAUAGUCAUAAACUUUCAAGCAAUUACUAGAUAACGAAAUAACUAAAACGUUAUUACGAAAGAGAUUAAUUUUCGCGCGAUUAUUAUUAAUCAUUAAUGUAUGAUGUUUAAUGACGAACUCAUUCUAAUUAUAUGCAUCGUAAAUAUGACUUUUUAAAGCUUGAAAUGUUUUUACUUGAUGUUGUAGUAUAUAUACGUUUCUUUAUUGCUAACAGAUGUUGAAAGCCAAUAAAGUCUACAGGUAAAAGUUAUCGAUAUAUUUCCGAUUAUUCACAUAACAUAGCUAAUCUGUAGUUAAUAAAAUACUAAAAAAUACCAGCAUUACUUUCGAGCGAAUCCAGUUUUUUUUACAGCUAAAGGCUUCUUAUUUUCAUUUAUCAGCAGGGAAACACGUUUAAUAUGUGUAAGCCAUUGGAAGAAAACCCACCGGACCAAGUAGAAUGACGUCGAGAGUCACGUGACGACUCUCGAAAUUCCUUUUACGUGUUAGUAUAAUGCCUACUCGAAAUAAUUCGUAAUAUCGUGUUUUCGAAUGAGAUAAAUUCAUUUCGGGACGAGUUUGUCUUUGAAGUAGAAUAAACAAACAGGGCGAUAGCGAAUAUGACGCAAAAUGUAUACUGCUAUGUAGACAAGUGAUCAGCUGAUGCGGGCAACGAUCGAUCGCCAAUGGGACGUACCCGUGCCUACUAUACCGCUUGUCUUUAUAGGAUAGAGAAUGCCUGAGUCGAAAAACAGAAAGAAAUCUGAUGCUACUUCCACAUCUAGUCAUGAGCUUCCAACCAGCAGUAUGCUUCAACUUAAUAGUUCUUCAGUUGUUGGUAUUGACAGCAUUAACAGGAAUCACACUACUACAUCAAGUCCAGAACAAAGUCCAAAGAUUGGAAACAAAUUAGAAGACAUGAAAUUAACUUCACAAGUAUCUUAUCUUUCUACUCAAUCCAUUCCUCAUAGUCCUCAUUCUCAUAGUCCUACGCCUUCGCCUAUAAGUAGUAUUCCUAAUUCAAGAGAGGCCUCUGUAGAAAAAUCAUUAGACACAGGAAGUGUAGUAACAAAUUCAGUGAAUCAUGAUAAUACAAGUAUUGGGGACAAUAUCAGCCAUUCCUCAGAAUCUUGUAAAUCUGUUGAAUUUGGAUCACUUCAAAAGUCACCAGAUUCACUGUCUAAACAAGAUUUAUUAAAAUGUCGCAAGAAAGAAAAGAGGAAAACUGCAUGGUACAAUUUAUUAAGUCCAACUUAUAAAUCACGAAGUGAUGAUUUUAAAAGAUUAUUUAAAGAUCUUCCUGAAAAUGAACGACUUAUUGUAGAUUAUUCUUGUGCAAUGCAAAAGGAUAUAUUAAUGCAUGGGAGAUUGUAUGUUUCUGAAAAUUAUAUAUGUUUCUAUGCCAAUAUUUUUCGGUGGGAAAGUUUUGUGAUGAUGAGGUGUAGAGACAUUCUUAGCAUGACUAAAGAAAAAACAGCUAGAGUUAUACCUAAUGCUAUACAGAUUUGUACAGAAACAGAAAAAUACUUUUUUACAUCGUUUGCUGCUAGAGAUAAAACUUAUUUAAUGUUAUUUCGACUAUGGCAAAAUGCUUUAAUGAAUCAACCAUUGAUGCCUCAGGAAUUAUGGGAAUGGGUCCAUUACUAUUAUGGUGAAGAGUUAGGAUUGACAAGUGAUGAUGAUGAUUAUGUUUCACCAGAUUAUAUGGAUUUUAAAGAAAAAGGUCAACCAGAAAAUUCAAUAUCUAUUAAAGAAAAUGAUGAAUUUUGUGAUAAAUCAAAUAAUGCAGCUCAGGACGAGGAAGUCACAAAACAUGAUAUAUCAAAUGAAUCUUUGAUGGGUACAGGAGAAAGUUGUGAGGUCACUGAAUGUAUUACAGAAAAUCCAUCUGUAGAUAUGGAAGAAUCAUUAGGAAAGCAGAAAUCAUCAGAAUAUCCUACUGAUUUAAGUGAUACUACUGAAUCUGAGAUGGAUGGACUGGAUGCUGGAGAAAUUCACUGUACGGGUCAUAAUCACGAAGGGAAAGAAAUUAUGGAUUCUGUGUUUCCUAUACCUGUUGAUCAGUUAUUUACACUAUUAUUUACGGGUUCAAAGUUUUACCAUGAUCUGUUAGAAUCAAGGAAGACUUAUGAUAUAAUGGAAAGUUUAUGGCAGUUGUGUCCGGAUGUUGGUCACAAAAUGAGGCAAGUUACAUAUACUCUUACUUUAAAUCAUUCAAUGGCCAAAAGUGCUCAAACUACAGAAACACAGCGUUUGCUGAAACAAAGUAAACCAGGUCACAUGUAUAUAAUAGACUGUGAUGUUGUGAAUACUGGUAUACCAUAUAGUGAUACUUUUAGUGUUAAAUCUUUUUAUUGUCUCACACGUGUUUCAAAUCGUCACUCGCGUCUCCGUGUUCAUGGUUAUGUCCACUACAAAAAAUCUGUUUGGGGUUUAGUGAAAUCCCUUAUAGAAAAAAGUGCAAUGCAAGGAUUAAGUGAUUUCUGUACAGAUUUAGAGACUGCAUUACACAAGGAAAUAGAACGAUCAAGUCAACAGCCAGUAAAAAAACAUCCUAGAAGACGUAAACGUAUGAAAGUAGAUGCUACAAAAACAGAAGCACAUGCUGAUGUCCCACAUAAACUGCAACAACAAGCUUCCAUUCACAAAAUAGCUUCAAGUAUAUCUGGCCUUGAUAUAGGUAUGCUAAGUUCUACACCAGAUUUUGUUGUCAGAGUUAUACUAAUUACGCUAGUAGUUUUAGUACUUUUAAAUGUUCUCUUGUUCUAUAAAUUAUGGUCAUUAGAAGAUCAGAGCAUUGCUCUUUCAAAUAGCAAUGCCGAAUGGUUAGACCUUCCAGUUGAUAAUCAGACACCACUGAAGCAGCAAGAUUUCAUUAAAUUACUUCGUCAGCAAGAUGCAAUUCAUAGGGCGGAAACAAAGAGAUGGCAAGAUGCUCUGGGAGAAAUAAUUAAAUUAAUACAUCUUAUUGAAGAUUCUCUGUCCGAUUUAAAGAGUAGCAUCGAUACUUAUAGUUCUGCGGCAACUUUCAAGGCUUUUCUCAGCGUGGAUAACAAUCACAAUUCGGAAUCUGCCGUAGUCGAUUCGGAAAAGGAAAGCGAAUGAUCGAUAUCAAACGUCGGAAAAACAAAAAUGUCUAUAGCAUGAAAAUUAGUACAAGUGGGUUAAUUUAAAAUGAUCUCUGUUUUCAUAAUCAAAUAUAAAAUGACACCAAAUGAAAGUACAAUUUAUUUCAAUAAAACAUUUAUUACUGCUGCUAAUUAUUAAAAAU